GGUCUUACGCGCAUGCGCGGUGUGUCUAUUUAGGUGCGCGUGUAGCAUGUUUACGGGACGCUGUUACCUGGACACUUUAUUGGGAAGAACAGAAAGUAAAAGUAGUUUAAUUUAAACUUUUCUUGGGUUUUUAUUCACAGGUAUUAUAUUUUUAACCAGAAUCUGACAAAAUGCCAAACGACGGCUCAACAAAACUGUCGAAAAACCUUUUACGGAUGAAGUUUAUGCAAAGAGGCCUUGAUGCAGAGGUGAAGAAACAGCUGGAGGAGGAAGAGAAGAGGAUUAUAAACGAUGACCAUUGGUAUCUGGACCUGCCUGAGCUUAAAGCGAAAGAGAGCUUCAUAAUUGAAGAAAGAAGUUAUGUCCCAUGUGAAGACCUGGUUUAUGGAAGGAUGUCGUUUAAGGGAUUUAAUCCUGAGGUUGAGAAGCUGAUGGUUUUAAUGAAUGCUCCCAAAGAAGAGGAGGAUGAAGAGGUGGAGGAGAACGAUAUGACCAGAAUGGACACAGACAUUACAGAUGAGGAGAUGGCCAUGAGAUAUGGAAGUCUGGUCGAAAGCAUGAAAAGAAAAUUCGCCAAAAAAAGGGAACGCUCUUCUCAAAAGAAUGAAGAGGAAGAUGUCAACCAUAAUACCGGAGAGACGCAGCCCAAGAAAGUGUUCCUAAAGCCCCAGGACUGAGGAAAUUUUAUAGACUUUAUAAAAUGUGUGGUGUUUUUAAUUUCUUUACGUUGAGUGAAAAAAUGUGCUGCAAACUUGAUGUCUUUAUUUUAAGUGGAAGAGUUUAUGAUCAUCACUGUAAUGUGUGUUGGGUUAGUUUUAUUUUUUUUUAUCUCACAAUUUCUGGCCACAGAUGACGAGGGCUAGUGUAUGGGGAUGUGUACUUGGGCAAGAUUUGGAAUUUAAAGGUUUGGUAUUUCCAAAAAAAUACUCGUGGAAACGAGUGUGGAUCAGUCUCCUGUUGUUAAAGUAAAACUCAUGAGUUAGUGUAAUAAUCUCUCGUCAUUAGACACAAACAUCUUUAAUGUUAAAUAUACACAGAAACUGAAUAUAGAUUCUAGACAGUAAAAUGUACCAGCAAUGUGUCUUUAAGGUAUGUACAGUAUUGAUAAGCAAAUCACAGGAUAAUUAGGAAAAGGUAAGGCUCUGUAAGUCUGUCUACAUAGAGAACAUGCACUAUAUGAACAAAUUCACUCUAAUUCAUCCCAAAGGUGUUCUGUGU